GUUUUGACCUAGGUGAAGGCUGCAAUGCGCUGUCGACGGUGUGUCUGUCCAGCAUUGUCCAGCCAAUCUAAAGGUUCCAUUUCAGGCAAAUCCACUAAUUUGUUACACUGAAUAAGCAAGUUUCAAACAUUAAUGUUGAAUUGAAUUAUUUUAAAUGUAGUGAAUGUUCCGUUGAUUUUGACAUUAGGCUACUGAAAUCAGAUUUAUUGUUUCUUGUCAGUGCCUGCAUAUGCUUUUGGCCCCGCAUCAAAAAAUUUCAUUAUUGAAAAAAGGCAAAACUUCAUGGAAAGUCCAACUCCCAACAUCGAAAGUUAUAUUCCAGCAAUCCCAGUCAUCAGAACACAAAAUAGUUAAAGUCUGACUGCCCAUGGGCACCUUGUCAGCUUGGUGGGGCACCCAAUAGUCAAUAAAAGUCAAAACAUGCCUGAACGGGCAACGGCAUGCGCUGCAAUCCAGCGGUCAAACAGCAUCAGACCAGCACACAAUCACGAGUGACAGAUCUUAUUCUCAGAGUGACAUAUAGAUCUUAUUCCAAAUCUUCUCUCGCUUCAGCUUGACGCACUAUAUUGAAGCCAGAUGAAGUCAUAAAAAGGGUUUUAUUUCCAUGAUAGAAAAGAAUGACGAAUGAAAAGAGAAUCAAAUGUAAAUUUGAAAAAUCCCUUGAUGAGAAACAAUAUAUCAAAUUUCAUUGCCCUUAAAAAAUGUUUUGAAAAUGUUAUCAGCACUGUUACAUUGCAUUUGUGUGAUAAUUUACUUUGACAUGAAUAUGUUGGUUACAGCAAUACAAAUAUAUUGAAUUCACAUCGUUCAAGCAUUUCAGUGCCACUAUUGUUCAAAUGAUGUGAAAAUAUCACAUCCACUUUUUUAACAUUUAUAUUAUCAACCAGUUUCAAAGAGGUGUUGGCUCUUAUCAGACAUCUAUAAAAUGUUUUAAGAAUUUUAUCAUCACUACAUCGUAACAUCAUGAAAACAGCUUUAAAGAAUUUCAAGCACUGCUAUAAAUGCAUAUUCGGUUAACGUUGACAAAUCAUAGAGGUACAAAUUUUAUAACUUCUAACUAAUGUCAUAAACAUAUUAAUUUAGCAAAAUUCGUUUUAGCUAUUGUUUCAAAUAUUACACAGUAACAAUUGGAUAACAUUAGUUUAACACAUCAGGGAAAAAAAUCAGAUUUGGGGCAUUUGAGUAAUGUUAUCACAGUGUUUUCAUAUUUUAUAAUACUUUUCUAUGCUUAACGUUAUUUCAAAAUGUUGUAGUCGUAUCUGUGCGACCUUCAACAGGUGUCACAGCAUUAUGUGUUUGAUGGGUACUAGUGAAUGUUCUAAGGAGGAUAAAAAGGAGAAACGUGCAUUUUUAAAAUUUCUGUCCGUAAAAGUCAAGUGUGGAAAUGGAUUCACAAAAGUAAUGGCUCACAUGAACGAAAGGACUUCAAGGGAAGCGGUAUGGGGGAUCCAUAAAAGACUACAGGAGAAACUUUGAGGAAAAUUUAAAGGAGCGAUAUCGUUACGUUAGUCCAAUUUUAUUACCAAAUCCGUUGUCAUGGUGUCAAUCCAAGACACCUAUAAAAGAGGCGCCUUGCUUUUUCAUGCGUUAGGUUCCAAGCAGAAUCAAGCAUAGCUUGGGCAAAGUGGAAAUGGGGCAAAGUAGGUGGGGUGAUGUGUGGACAGGUGAAGUGGGGUGGGGCUAAAUGGCAAUUUGGCAAAGUGGUUCAGGGUGAAAUGACAUGGGACGAAGUGGAACUGGGUGAAGUGACUGACACCCAACUAGACUCGCUCUACAACAAGCCCACAUACAAAUUACAAACACUUAAACAAAGCGAGUGGCUCACACGUUCAUUGCUCGGAAAAUUCAACUCUAAAGUAGUUUACCUCCAGUGCCUGUGUGGGACAUGCCUCUGAAAAAUUCUUAAGUGUUUUUCAAGAUUUCAUCAUGCAACAGACGAUGAUCCGAAUCAAAGACCCAAGAAAGUCACUUGACUUCUACACCCGUGUUCUUGGGAUGAGACUCCUGAGGCAUUUUGACUUCCCUUCGAUGAAGUUCUCUCUCUUCUUCAUGGGAUACUGCAAGGAGGAGGACAUACCCAAAGAUGAGAAGGAGAGAACUCGAUGGACUUUCCAGCAGCCCGCCACAGUGGAACUCACUUAUAACUAUGGAACAGAUGUUGACGAUGCUUUCUCAGGUUACCACAAUGGCAACAAGGACCCCCGAGGCUUUGGCCAUCUCGGGAUCUCCGUCCCCGACGUUGAAGCUGCUUGCAAGAGGUUUGAGGAACUCGGAGUCGCCUUUGUCAAAAAGCCCAGCGAUGGAAAAAUGAAGAACAUUGCAUUUAUAUCCGACCCUGACGGCUACUGGAUCGAGAUUCUCUCUCCCAGUGACAUGGGGAAGUUGCUGAACUAAGAGCCAAACAAAUAAAACGGAAGAAAGAAAAUUAUGCAAAGCCAUAGGCGUCAGCUGGAUUUUUUUUGGGGGGGGGGGAGAGGUGGGGGUGCAUUUCUGGGGGGGACAAAGGACUCAGCGACGAAUAGAGAAACCAUUAACAGUGCAGAGUGCCAAUUUCGAGGGGUCUUUCGAGCAAAUUGUUGAUUUCCAUUCUCUUUUUAUCUCCUGUACUAUUUUCUUUUCCUUACUAUGCUUUUUUAUUUUUAAAAGUUUUUCCCAGGGCAAAAGCACCCCCAUCGCCCCCCCCUUGCAGUGCCCUCGUGUAAAGUGGAAGGUAGAGUCUCGGGCCCAGUUUCACAGUGGUGCCUGGAGCAGGAGUUAUAGCUUAGCAAUUACAGUGUGUCUGUUGGGCACCAAAGAUCGAAUCACUGGAAAUAUCUGCUGGUUGACAUUCUUAACAAUGACCCAUUUUGAUAGAUGAAAAAACAAAUUGCCAGUCGUUCCAAAUUUACUUCCCAACUUCUCUUCCUGGACCAAGGACCCAACACCGGGAUACGCCACUGUAGUCAAGUGUGCAUGCUGAUUGAGCAUGACUCCAAACACUGCCUGGGACUUGGCAUGCUUUUUUCAGCCAUGCUUGCUGGGAAGUGCUGGUUCUGUGGGGUUCUGUUGGGAGAACAUUCUGUACUCGGCAGCCCCAUGCCAUGGUUUGUUCACAUGUGCGUUUUCCUGUGGAUUAUGCCUUACCUCUCAGCCAUAGGAAAGUAUACACGUAAAAGUGCGGCACCAUUAUGUUAUAGGUCUGUUCAGGUCUUGAAAAUUUGCUUCACAGAGGUUGUCAUAAUCACUGAGUAGAGUACGGUACCCAAAGAUGAUCAGUGGCAUGAAUACAUUGAGCACAGUAAGGUAAACAACUCUAGUCUAAGGACUUUAUGAUACAAUUAAACAAACAAUGAUGUAUAUUUAGACAUAGGUCCCGUCACCAUCUGUAGCCAUUGCCAAUGUGCAUGAUUGCUGGAAGUGCAUGUACUAUUAGAUAUCUCAUAUUGUGUUACAACCAAUUUGCACUAUUUUUUAUCAAGGUGUCAAAUGUAAUACUUGUGUUUUUCUUUUUUUACUUUGUUUUCAUAUUACCAACCAAGUUGCACAAAGGCUGUAGGCUUUUGUCAUGCUUGACGGUAUCGUAAUUCCAUUUAAAUUUAUUUGCCUCAUUGUCAUGUUUAAUUAUACCCCAAAAGAUUGUUGCUUGCAAAUGUCAAUUGAUCAAUUUCAGUUUGUUUGCCCCAUUGUCUUAUUUAAUUAUACCCCAAAGGAUCGUUGCUUGCAAAUAUCAAUUUAUCAAUUUCAGUUUGUUUGCCUCAUUGUCUUAUUUAAUUAUACCCCAAAGGAUCGUUGCUUGCAAAUAUCAAUUGAUCAAUUUCAGUUUGUUUGCUGUAUUGUCAUAUUUGGUAAUACCCUCAAAGAUCGUUGCUUGCACAUAUCAAUUGAUCAUUUUCAACUUGUUUGCUUCAUUUUUUAUAAAAUCACGUCCAGUGGAUAGAUGAUUACGAAUUAAUAGCAACCCAAAUCCUUUCCGUAUUAUUGGUGCAGUGUGUGAUUUGACUUUAAAUGUAGCAAAAAAGUUACAAGGAACGCAUGUCAUCAUAAAAAAGCUUCUUCUGACAAGUAUAACAGUGGUUUGAAAAUGUUUCUCUGGACGUCAACUUUUUACAACUUUCUUUUGCUGUAAACCAAGUUCCAGUGCCUCCUUAGUUAUUUUGUUUGGGUUGCAUGAAAAAAAGAAAGAAAAACCAAACAAACUGGUUUAACCCAGCACUAUCCAGGAAAAUCGUCUCGGUCGUGGACCCGGAUAAACGCCAGUCUAUAGCUGAAUACGUUUUGUUCGCGCCGUUGUGACGUCGGAUGGGCUUUUGCUUGAGGCAUCCUUCACCAAAUAAAGACGGAGGUGCUAUUGUCACGACCUCCAUGGCUCGUCACAUGCAGUGCAGUGGCGAUUAUUUGGUGUUCAUUGCUCUAAUAUCAUGCAAGGCUUCAGGAUUUACUGACCUCAUUUCAUCUUCACACAAAAUGAACCCCUAGAUUCUAUUGGACUGAGCGGACAAUCGACCGGACUCCAUACAAUCACUUGUAGCACAAACGAUUGCGCUCUGCCGUGGUAUUCUUUGUAUUCUUUCAUGAGCCUAUCAGAAAAAUAUGGGAUGAUUUAUAGACCUACUGAAAAAAUAUUAGAUACUCUCAUCAGUGCCUGGGUUAACACGUUGGCCUUUACCCUAACCGCCAAGGGUGUAUGCGUAAAAUCACAUUGAAAUUAGAGGAUUUGGGACUGUGAGGGUUAAGACGUCAAGGCCGGUUCAUACAUGUAUAUCGCGCGAAAGUGAGCGCGAAUGUGUAUUUGUGUCAGAAUAUUCGCAUUGCGAAUUUGUAAAAGUUGAACGAAAGUUGAGCGAAAUUUUGCCGCCUAAUUGUGACGUCAAAUUCUUUUCGCAUUCGCCUGAAGUAUGACCUAGCCUUUAGAUGAAACAUUUGCCCGGAAAAUUCACAAAAGUUGAGCACAUUUCGACUCAAGCGAAUUCCGCAGCAAUAUGUUUCGUACCUGAGGAAAUUCGCUUCGUUUUUGCAUUUGCCUGCAGUACGAACCGGCGUUCUGACCUAAAAAAAAUCAAAGUAAUGAAAACCUAUGUACAACACAACACGAGGUAUGGUAAGAUUCCAAUGCUGCCUUUUACCUCAGUGGAGAACGUUUAGAAUACCGAUUGUGUGGCCUGCAUUGUCUGGUUGCGAGCCUUGACGAUGGCCCCAUUCAUCAAUUUACUGCCCCCUUGAUUGUUUGGUGACAAAGCCAUUCAUUUCAUCUUUACCAUGAUAAUUCCCUGUCGUUCGUCACCUUAUGAACUCUGUGGUCUCGAGCCGAUCACUGUGUUUGCGCAGCCACCGUAUCAGAUUUUUCUGCUUUUUAACAUUAAAUGAACGACUUUAUGUCUAAGGAUAUUUACAGUAUACCCUAUAGAUGUGGUACCUGCAAGUGAAGUAAUAAACCAUUCUUUCUCUGUGGAAAGUUUA